AAUAAAUAAUUUAUUAAAUGAAGAUGAUAACGCUUUCGGGGAAAGACUAAACGCAUUAGCACAUGAUGAUCAUUUUCGAAAACAAUUUAAUGUGUUAAUAGCGGAUGACCUCUUUCAAAAAAGACUUAAAGUGUUAAUGCAAGAUAAGCAUUUUCAAAAACAAUUUGAUAAAUUAAAGAAUAAAAGUAUAUUUGACCUACAAGAUUUUAUUCCUUUGCAUGAUAAUGACAGCGUUCAUGAAGACAGUGAUCCAUUCAAAUCCUGUAACAAUUUGGAAGAACAUUUUAACAAAUUAAAAAUUCAAAAAGAUAAAAAAGAAAACAAAUUGAAGAAUUA